UCAACCACGCCCCCAACCCUCAGCCCCGCCCCCAGCCCAACCCUCAACCACGCCCCCCAUCCUCAGCCCCGCCCCAUCCGAAGCGGCGUUGUUGGUGAGGGGGAGGUUGGUCGCGAAACGUCGGCGCCGGCUGCGGAGUUCCACCACGCAAGGGCAGCCUCGGCCUUGGGAGCUCGCUGACAUCAGCAGGGACUGGAAGCCCGGAGGGACCUCACUGGCUCUUCGCGAUGAGCGGUGCAGAGCAGCAGGGAGAAAGGAGGCACGGAGUGGGAGAGGAGGAGGAGGAGGAGCCACAGAGAGGGGAGGAUCAGGGAGAAACGGAGAGAGAUUCCGAGAAUGCGGUAGUGGACACGAUAGCGGAAGAUUAUGAUGACGACGAUGACGACGAUGAUGACGACGAUGACGACGAUGACGACGAUGAUGACGAAGAAGAAGGUGGUGGCGCUGCUGAUGAUGUUGACGAUGACGACGAUGACGUCAUAGAGGAGGUGAGCGACGAUGCGGGAUCACGGCUCCUCCAAGCUGCGGCAGCCGGCCGGCUGGUGGAGCUGCGCUCCCUGCUGGCCAUGGACCCUGCCCUGGUGCUGGCUGCUCGUGACUCUGACGGCUAUGGGGCCCUGCACCGUGCAGCCUCACACGGUCACCGCCGCUGUGCCAGCACCCUGCUGCACGCCGGGGCGGAGGUGGGGGCUCGCACCAAUGACGGGUGGACGCCGCUGCACUGCGCCUGCCGCUGGAACCACGUGACCCUGGCCUCCACGCUGCUGCAGCACGGGGCCGACGUCAACGCACGCACCAACGGCCUCCAGACGGCGCUGCACGUGGCGGCGAGCGAGCAGGGGUCGGCCCGCACCCUGGAGCUGCUGCUGGGGACGCGCGGCGUGGAGACGGAGUGGCGGAACCGAGCGGGGGACACGGCGAGGCAGCUGGCUGAGAGGGCCGGCCCCAACGCCUUCCUGUUCGAGGUGGCGGACGCCUGCGUCAACUCCACCCCAGAGACCUGAGAGAGAGCGGGGGAGGGGGGGGAGGGGGACUGGGAGCAGGCCACACCGUCACUGACCCCCUACCACUCACACCCCAGAGGCUAGAGAGUUAGUGUGGGUCAGGCCACACCGUCACUGACCCCCUACCACUCACACCCCAGAGACUGUGUGUGGGAGCAGGCCACACCGUCACUGACCCUACCACUCACACCCCCAGAGACUAGAGAGUGUGUGGGUC